AUGGAGGCGACCGCUUCUCCCCGCGGCUCCUCCGACGACCUCGACGGUCGCAAUGGCAGUGAUCCGGACCUGGUCGAUACUCUCCCUCCCGGAGGUCUUCCGGUCGAUUUACCCAAAUCUUUGGAUGACCGUCGCUCUGUGCACGUCGUUCCCCAAGAGACCGAGAUGUACGAUGCCUGGCAAGGCCAAUCCCAAUUCCUGACAACCCCCGUGGCGGCGAAACCGUUGAGCUUCAGCCUCGCGCUGGACGACCACUCGCACGACGACGAACACAGCCUCCAGGCGCAGUACGGGCGCGGACUGGCCUCCGCCGCGGACGACGACAACGAGUCGACCUCCACCGCUCGUCUCGAGGACAGCGACGCCCGGUUGAUGGAGAUGCUGGCGGCCCAGGCGGCCCAUCGGGAGGUGGACUCGCUGGGCGCGGACGAGGACGCCAUCGCGACCGACGAGAAACUGAAGGAUUCCGAGAAGCGGGAGAUCCUGCAGCGGGGGCUUAAUAUGGCGGCUAGCAAUGGCGACGUGGAUCGCGUGCAUAAACUGGUGCAGGGCAAGGCGAAGGAUUAUAUCGAUGUGAAUAUGCCGGAUGAGGAGGGCACGGUGCCGUUGAUUUAUGCGAGUUGUUUUGGACACCAAGACGUGGUCUCGGCACUGCUCGAUGCAGGUGCUAAGGUCGACCAGCAGGAUCGCAAUCAGUGGAGCGCUUUGAUGUGGGCGAUGACCAACCGACAUAAAACGAUCGCGAAAAUUCUUCUGGACCACGGGGCGUCGCCGGAUAUCAAGUCCUCGUCGGGCGGCACGGCGUUUGACUUCGCUCAGCCGGGCAGCGAGAUCUCGGAAUAUCUGCAUGAGAAUGGGUACAACUUUGGGCCGAGUGCGAUCGAGGACGAUUUCUACGACUCCGGAUUUGCACAUGGUCGCUUCGAGGAGGAGUUUGCAGAGAAUGAGAUGAAGCGGCGCAUGAUGAUGGAGGAGAGUGCGAUCAACCUGGAAGUUGAUUUGUCGAGCCUGGGGCUCGACGAGAAAUUCGACUCAUUUGAAGAAGAGGACCUCGAAGAAGAACAGCAGGAGUUUGUCUGGGACCGAUGUCUGAAUGACCAGAUGUUUGUCUUCCAGGACCACGAGUUGGAACGAAUUUUGGACAUCAUCAUCACCAACAUGACUCCGCAACGCUCCCCCUCGCAAAAACCUGUGCCUGCCAACCUACUUUUCCUCAGUGCGCGGUAUGCGCAUUACCACGCCAGCCCCGAACUGCUGGCCCAGCUCUUGGUGUCGGCGACGGAGAAGAUCAACGACGUGGUCGAACGCCACCAAUGGGAUAUGACGAUCCUGGCAUUCUGGAUGUCCAACGCCACUCUUCUGCUACAUUACUUGAAGAAGGACGGCGGCCUGUUAGAAUCUACGGUGGAGUUUCAGCUACACCUGGCCGAACUGGUCAACGAGAUCUUCAUCCUGAUCAUUCGCGACGCGGAGCGCCGCAUGAACAAAGUGUUGGACUCCGCGAUGCUGGACCACGAGACGAUUCCGGGGCUGGAAGAUGUCCAUUUUCAGAACGAGUGGAAACUCUUCCGCUCGAAAUCCAAAGCCAAAGCCCCCGAACCCGCCGAGAAGCGCUUUCGGCCGCCCUCUCCCCGCCGGCGAGCGCAGAUCUCACCACGCAACAUUACCUCCCUACUGUCGUCGACCCUAUUUGUCCUUGACCUCUACGACGUCCACUCCGUCAUCACUACGCAGAUCAUCUCGCAGCUCCUCUACUGGGUGGGGGCCGAGAUCUUCAACCGCAUCAUGACCACCAAGCGAUAUCUGGCGCGCACCAAGGCGAUGCAGAUCCGCAUGAACAUGUCGACCCUAGAGGACUGGGCUCGCAACAACAACCGGCAGCCGGAGCACUACGAGAACGGGUCCACCAGCUGUACGGGUGAAAGCACCAUGGAGGCGGCGCGCCGGCACAUGGCGCCCGUCAUCCAACUGCUCCAGUGGCUGCAAUGCUUCUCGUCGCUCGGGGACGACUUCGAGUCGCUGGUGACGACGUUGCUUCAACUGCAACAACUGACGCCAGCGCAACUGCUUCACGCGGUCAAGUCGUAUCGACCCGAGGUCGGGGAGAAGGGACUGACCAAACCGGCGAUGAAGUUCUUGAUCGAGUUGCAGCGCGACCCGGACCUGCUGCACCGGGAGCAGGCCAAGAUACAGCAGGCGCACAGCACGCCGGCGGCCGGAUCCGCCUCCGCCGACGAGCGCCCUGGGACACCCCGCGCCGACCAAGCGACGCCGCGCACGUCCGAGGCGCCCGGCACCCCCGAGCGGUCGGGACGAACGUCGACGUCGAUAGCCUCGCCGGCAUCGACUAACGCGUCGCGUAUGGACGAUCGCAACGGAGCCAACGGCAUCUUUUUGGAUCCGUCGUUGACGCUGCCCUUCUCGUUACCUACCAGCACGGACAUGUUGAUCAGCUACGGAGCGGGAUGGGGCGGGACGAAUCGUGAACGAGCACGCAAGUAUAUUCCGACCGUGCCACCGGAGGUUUUGAGUCGAUUUGAUCGUGAUAGUUAG